AUGGCUGAUGUGGUCUUCGGCGCCGUCGAGGUCGCGGUGUGUAUUACCGAAGUGGUCAAACUCCUCUACAACUACAUCAACGGUGUCAAGGAUGCCAAGGAUGACAUCCGCAAGUUGACACAGGAGCUCUUUGCCCUCAAGGGAGCUCUAGAGCACUUUAGUCUCCACGACGAGAUGGGUAUCGAUAAGACAAUGCAACCCCAGGUUGACAACAUGCUGCAAAUGACUCAAGAAACCCUCGACAGUAUCCAAAGCCGUCUAGGAAAGCCCCGGUUAUCCGCCUUUGGAAAUGCUACUCAGAGUUUUUCUUGGCCCUUCAAGAGUCGUGAGAUCCAAAAACACCUUAAUACCAUCGAGAGAGCCAAGACAUGGUUUGUCAUGGUAAUUCUUAAGGACUCGAGCGAGAUCACCCUAGCCGUCUAUAACGAAAUGAAAGUGCUCGUCCAGAUACUCCAUCAACAGAGCAUCGACAAGCAAACGAACAAGAUGAUUCGAGAAACAGAUGACCUCUUGGCCUGGCUCGCUCCCGUAAAUGUUGAUGAGAUGCUCGACAAGGCUACUCAAAACAAGAUCCCAGGCACUGGACGGUGGGUUCUGGACGAUGCCCUUUCCGACUGGCUCCAGUCUCCUGAUGUCAAGAAACCACUAAUUUGGAUUAUUGGUAAAUCUGGCUCCGGCAAAACCGUUUUAUUUUCCACUAUUAUAGAAGAGCUUAACCGCAUUUCCUCAUCCGAUGCACCGACGAGUGUAGUUGUCGGUUAUCAUUGUUGCUCCCUUGACGAUGCCGCCUCCCAACAGAUUCCCAACGUCUUCGGCUCCAUUCUUGCCAAAGCCUGCAACUCGAGGCCAGAAAUCCUCCGGCACAUUGCACCUUACAAACGAGCUGGUUCCUCACUCGUCCCUCAUAAUAAUUUGACCAUCUCAGAAAUUAAUGAGAUAAUGACCCAUGUUCUAGCAUCGUGUGAACGAUUCUAUGUGUUCAUCGAUGCACUCAACGAGACUCCGUACGAAGAGGAGCUAGUUCAGGCACUGCUUCACUUAUGUGAACAGCAUGCCCAAAUCCGCAUCCUCGUCACUUGCACUCGGGAACCACUCAUUUCGUCUCCAGUCAUCAGAAAGCGGAGUAUGGAAAUCGACUCUGUCAAUAAUGACAUCGAGGCCUAUGUUCGGCAUCGAUUGGCAUCAGAGCCAUGUUUCCGUGUCCUGAGUUCCAAAAUCCACACAGAAAUUCAGCAAAAGAUCGUGCUGGGAGCUGACGGCAUGUUCCGCUGGGCAAAGCUUUGCAUGGAUCGUCUUAGUGUUCUCCGGACCGGACGAGAUGUAAGAGACACUCUUCAAGAUAUGCCCACGACCCUCAACGACACGUAUGUCAGUAUUCUCGGUCGAAUUCAAGACCACGACCGCGAAAUUGCCCGCGAGGCUCUGUUAUGGCUAUGCUUUUCUCUGAGGCCGCUCACUCUUGACGAGCUUGCUGAGGCCGUCGUAAUCCGCGAGUCUGACAGAGACAUCGACGACGACUGCCGCUUGACACGGCCCAUCAUUAUAGUCGACAUCUGCCGCGAUUUGAUUGUGCAUAGCGACAAUUUCGUGACGCUUGCCCACAACUCUAUCCGCAGCUUUCUUACUUCACCACAUAUUCGCAGCACCCCAGCAGCCUUCUUCGCCCUUGACCCUGCUUCAGCUCACUCUCAAAUCUUACGCAAAUGUCUCUGUUACUUGCGUCUAGGUGAAUUUGCAUCCGGGCCUGUGGCCGAGGUCGCGAGUUUCUAUAAUCGGUUUAAGUCUUAUCCACUUGCUUCCUACGCCGCCACCUACUGGCCCACCCACUCAGAGCGAUACACCAUUGCUCCGAAUGAUGAGUCUCUGAUACUGUCUUUCUUCGACACAAAAAAGCUUCCGAAUGGGUCCAGCUUCGACUCCUGGGUUCAACUACUGCUAGAAACACAACAAUUGGAACCAAUCCGGAACACCCAGCCGCUGUAUUACGCUGCCUCUUUUAACAUGCUGGCAGUGCUUAAAAUCCUCCUACGGCCCGAGCUUGGCACCGACUUAAACCGUUCAGGAGGUCGGUUUGGGUCCUCGCCCCUGUUUGUCGCCAUAUGGAGAGGCAACGUAGAAGCAGUACAACUACUACUUGAAGCUGGCGCCGAUCCGUCUAUACCGGAUAAAACAAGCUUGAUAACAGGUCAGGAGUUGGCAGCUAGUUUACAUUUGACAGAAAUUUUGCAAGUGAUAGAGGACAUGUCUAUCCGCGAUGGGAAAUAG